AUGGUACGGUGUCACAGAUUAUUCUCUACUAGCUCACCAUUACUCAAAAAAAAACAAGAACUUCUCAUACCCGGUUAUAAAUUAAAAUGUGGUUUAGAAAUUCAUUCACAAUUAGAUACAAAAUUUAAAUUAUUUUCAUUAUCUAAAACUUCAUUCCAAUCUACUCCUAAUUCCAAAAUAUCAUAUUUUGAUGCUUCAUUACCAGGAACACAACCUUUGUUAAAUCCAGAAGCUUUAUUAUUUGCAUUGAAAGCUGCCAAAGCAUUAAACUCUACUAUAAAUACAUUUUCAACUUUUGAUAGGAAACAUUAUUUUUAUGGUGAUCAACCUUUAGGUUAUCAAAUAACUCAACAUUAUCAACCAUAUGCUCAAGGUGGGUUUUUGAAAUUAUUACCACAUGAUAAUGAAUCUAUCACCGGGGAGAAAAUUAUAAAUAUUGAACAAAUUCAAAUUGAACAAGAUACAGGUAAAUCCAUAUAUACAGAAUUAGAAAAUGAAGCAUUCUCUAAAAUUGAUUUAAAUAGAACAAAUAUUCCAUUAAUUGAAAUGGUUACGAAACCUGAUUUUGAAACACCAGAAGAAAUACGUUGUUUUAUUAAAAAAUAUCAAAAUUUAGUUAGACAUUUAGGUAUAUGUACUGGUGAUUUAGAAACUGGUGCAAUGAGAGUUGAUGUUAAUAUUUCAGUUAAUAAUGGUCAUAGAGUUGAAUUGAAAAAUUUAUCAACAACAAGUUCUGUUAUAAAUGCAAUUAAAUAUGAAUAUAAAAGACAAAUCAAAUUAAUUGAAUCUGGUGAAACUUCAAAAGUUAUUCAAGAAACUAGAGGUUGGGAUGGUUCCAAAACUGUUAGAUUAAGAACUAAAGAAGGUGCUUUGGAUUAUAGAUAUAUGCCAGAUCCUGAAUUACCACCUAUUAUAUUGGAAAAUGGGAUAAAUGAAUCUUUAAAAUUACCAAAAUUACCAGAUGAAUUAAUGAUUGAAUUGAAAAAUGCACCAUAUAAUUUAAGUAAUAAAGAUGCAUCAAUCUUGGUUAAUGAUUUAAAAUUAUUAAAUUAUUAUUUCCAAUUAUUUGAAGAAACUGUGAUUAAGAAUAAAGUUGAAUCUAAAUUACCAGGAAAUUGGGUUAUUCAUGAAUUAUUAGGUGGUUUUACCAAGUUACAAAUUGAAUUUAAUCCAAAUUUAAUUAAUGUUUUAAAAUUAUCAGAAUUAUUAAUCUCAAUAAAUAAUGAACAAAUUACAAAAUCUAGUGCAAAAUUAUUAUUACAACAUUUAAUGAAUAAUCCAGGGGAUUUAAAAAGACCUAUAUUAGAAUUAAUUGAUGAUUAUGAUUUAGGUAAAGAAUCAAAUGUUGAUCAAGAUUUAAUUGGUGAGAUAAUUAACCAGGUAUUAGAGGAACAAUCUGAAAUUGUUGAAUUGAUUAAAUCUGGGAAAAGAUUAAAUUCUGUUAAAUUUUUAGUUGGUCAAUGUAUGAGAUUAAGUCAAGGUAAGAUUAAACCAAAUAUUUUUGAAGAUGAAUUAAAAUUAAAAUUAGGUAUAUAA